AUGUUAUUAUUCCCGGCUGUUUUUGACAAGCUAGCUGGCCUUCACGCCAAAAACAACUUUGCCUUCGCCCUGGUGGUCGGAAAUCUCUUUCCAAAUCCAGAUACUGCAACCACCCAAGAUAAUUCCAAUAUCCAGUCUCUCAUCAAUGGAAAUAUUGAUGUCCCUUUGAUGACUUACUUUGUGCUUGGCAAUAAGGCCUUCCCGCCUGCCGUCGUGCAAAGGCUUGAGUCAGCAGAUGAUGAAAUCUGCCACAACCUGUACUUUCUCGGAAAGCGGAAAGUCAUAAAGACUUCCGAGGGAAUUCGUAUCGUAUGUCUUGGCGGUCAACUUGACCCUGGCAUCAUAGCAGGAGAGUCUAAGGACAAGUAUCCCCCGUACUACAGUGAAACCGACACCAAGAUACUUCGAGGAGCUAAGACUGCCGAUAUUCUCAUCACCAAUCAAUGGCCUGCUGGAAUACGUGCCCGAUCCAAAGUUCAGUUCCAUGCUGACGAGGAGCCGCUCGCCCAGCAAUGCCUUACCGAUCUUUGUGCUACCAUCAAACCAAAGUACUACUUCUCGACCUCCGGGGGAACAUUCUACGAGCGUGAGCCUUUCUUUCAUACACCUAGCGAGGAAACCGACGGACUUUAUCCUAUCACCCGUUUCAUUAGUCUCGCAUCGUAUGGAAACGAGAAGAAGCAGAAGUGGAUCUACGCAUUUUCGCUCGAUCCCACCGCGAGCAACCCGAUCACGGUACCUGCAGGAUCCACUGCCUCACCUCUAUCUCUGUCAGAUAAGAAAAGGGGUGUUCAGGAUAAUCACGAAUCAUCCGGUCUCGUCUACGAAGAUAAUCAUGGUGGAAGGCGGCCACACAAAAGACGUCGACAUGAACGCAGAGGCCCACCAACUGCCGCAGAAUGCUUCUUCUGCUUAGCCAAUGACAACGUCGCAACUCACCUGAUUACAUCGAUAGGUGAUAACUCAUAUAUGACCACCGCGAAGGGCCCUCUUCCCAUGCCCACGACCUUUCCAGAACUCGGCUUCCCAUCUCAUCUGCUCAUCAUACCUCUGAUACAUCAGCCAACACUAGCCGCGAUGGAUGAAGACGAUCGUCACGCUACCUACGAAGAAAUGCAGAAAUACCGCUCCGCAAUGAACAGCAUGCUCAAGUCUCGUGCUGGUGGCGAAUACGGCUCUGUUACGUGGGAGGUGAGCAAAUCUAACCUCCCACAUACCCACUGGCAAUAUCUCCCAAUUCCUGCCGACUUCGUUCGCAAGGGCCUCGUCGAAGCGGCAUUCAAAGUCCGAGCGGAACAGUUGAAUUAUCCGUCUUUCAAGAGUAUUGACGUUGGCGAUGGCUUUGAAGAAUCGAGUGAUUUCUUUAGGGUGAUGAUAUGGAAUCCCGAUCACCCAGAGGAUCAGUUUUCCAGCUUCAUCUUACGAUUUGAUGAGAAGAUCCGGUUUUCCCUGCAGUUUGGAAGGGAGGUGAUAGCGAAGCUAUUGAAACUUGACACAAGGGUCGACUGGCACGAUUGCGGGCAGACGCAACCGCAAGAGGAAGCAGAUGUCGCCGGCUUCAAAGAGGCGUUCAAGCAAUUUGACUUUACAGAAGACUACAAAGGAACUAGGCCAAGACCCACACCGACAUCGCUCCUAAUAUCACAACUCCCAGACCCCGGAAUAACCAAGACCCGAAUUCCAGGCCAAAAACUGUGGAUUACGGCACUAAAGGGUUGGCACAGCAAGCAACGGUCUAGCCUGGUCUCACCAAGGCUUGAUUACCAGAGCGCUGGUACCCUCUCAUUUUGCUUCGACAUCGAGGGCAUCUUUAUCACCCCAAAAACCCCACUUUCUUCGCGGGUUUUCGAAGAAUGUGAGGAUCGGAUAUUGAGUGACUGGGCGGGAGUUUUCCGAAGUGAAUGUUAG